GAAAUCGUGGUAAGUAUUGUUGCUGGAUAUCCGUUUUAAUACUUUCACGCAUGGAAAUGGACAAUUUAAAUCCAAAUGUACAAAUUAUUUUUCUUUGAAUUAUUACUUUUCCUUUGCUUCUGUGCUAGACAGACGGAAAUUUUCAUUCUUCAUUACUAGGGUUUUGUUUCACUGCGAUUUUGAGGCAGAUAACCUUGCAGACGCCAGCGAAAUCCUGAGUCAUGCAAGCGUAGAAAAAGAAAAUUUUCUUUGCCACCUUAAUUCAGUUACGCUUGGAAAAAUCGUUAACGACAUUUAGGGAGAAAAGGUAAAAAGGGUUCGGCGUGGACCACGUACGCAACGGAAAGCUUUCUACCAGAACCUCAAGAUUAGAGAGAUAAUCGCAUCGCCACCAGAAACGUUUAGCCACUUCAUGGAAAAAGUCAACGAUCUCAAAUUUAAAGAUGGAUGGGGUACCGUUUGCGGGAACAACAAGCUGUCCUUUGUUCGUCUCGAAUCGUGGUCAUUCAGAAAUCAGCGAGGAUCUACCGAGGUCUGUAUCGAACAGAUUUCAUCCUUCUCAGGCCUAAGAUAUUCCAUUUCAUCUCAUGGAUGCGAGUAUUCUUUAACAAAUAUGAUUGAUCUACUCGGCUUGGAAAAACGUGCUUUAGGCGAAAGAGUUCACAAAAUUUUGGAAUUUGUGGAUAGCUCAGCACUAUGUUCUGGCGUGGACAUUAAUGAAAUUACCAGCGCUUCAAUGUCUCCCCAUGUUAGUGGAGAAUACAGGCACAAUGACAAUGUCCUCUUCAAGGUAUUUUCCAAGCAGUGUCACAUCAUCCAGUGCAGUGAUGGCAUUAGUUGUGCCAAUUGCAGAAAAAUAAACGACUGGAUGACAAAUCAAAGAAAAGGAAGUUAUCUAGGGAUGCAGUUCAUCCCUUUACCAACAAAAGAUACAUGACAAGGGAUGAGCUAACUGAAAAGUUGACUGAAGAAGUGAAGGCACGUAAAAACACUGCUCUGAGGGAAAGCUACUGGAGAGAGAAGUAUUUCUCGCAAUGUGUGGAAAUGGAAAAAGAGGACCAUAAGGAUCUUUGCAAGAUUUUUGCUGAUGCAAAAAAUGUACCCGAAGAGAUGGCCGACCUGUGGAAACAACAAGAGAAAAUUUUGCAGACAGGAAGCAAAAAUGGUUUUAGGUGGCAUCCAAAGGUCAUGCGAUUAUGCCUUGAACUGUGCUGCAAAAACCCCCACGUGUUGGACCCACUCCGCCAGUUUUUAACUCUUCCCAGCAACAAAACAAUAAGGCUGUACAAAAACAAAGUUAAAGAGAGACCUGGAUGGUCUGGAGAUGCCAUUAGAUGGUGCUUUGAUGCUGCAAAAGAUAGGGGGAUGAAACAAGAAGAUUUUAUGGGUGAUUUUAUUAUUGACGAAAUGAAGAUUCAGGAGAACCUGGAGAUGUCAACAGUUGGUGGUAAGCACAAGCUUGUUGGAUUUGUUGACCUGGGAAAGGGCCACGAGCUAAUGAAUAUAUUGUCAGGUGAUGAACCAGAGCUUGCCACACAAGUGCUGCAAUUCAUUUAUGUCAGUGACAAUGGAUUCAGGUUCCCUAUUGCUCAAUAUUCAUCUGGGGUUUGCGCACCAAGUAGCUUGUACUUCUGUUUUUGGGAAGGAGUCUUGAAGAUGUUGGAGAUUGGAUUUGAGGUGUACUGGUGUGUCCUUGAUGGUGCUGACUGGAGCAGGCAGUUUGUAAAGAUGCACUUUCAUGACAAAAACCCUGCUAAACAGUACACUGGUGGUCCAAGGAUGUUUAUCAUGGACCCAAAGCACAAUAUCAAGAAGAUACGAAACAACAUUGAAAAAAGUAGUAAGAGCGGCAAGCCAAGAUGUCUUCAGAUCCAUGGAAAGGAGAUCACAUGGACUCAGUUCAAAAGUGCUUUUAACUGGGAUCAGAAGACCUUCUCUCUCCCAUUGCAUGAGAAACUAACCAUGCAGCAUUUUGACCUUGAUUCUGCCAGCAAAAUGCGGAACAGACUCGCAGAAGAUGUACUUGAUACAAAGAUGCUGUUUCUCAUGUAGAAAUAUAAGGAAAGUAUGAAGUCAAGCGGAGAGGAUGACUCCUCAUUUGAUGCAGUAAUCAGCCUGUUAGAACACACAAGUGAGCUGGUCUCACUUUUCAAUGACAGGCUCUACAUCACCUGCACUAAUGACAUAAGGCUUCAAAAGCUAAAUAAUUUCUAUAACUGGAUGUGCUCAUGGGAAGAAAGCACUCAAGGAGAUGGCAAGCUAUUCAUCUCAAGUAAAUUAUGGUUUGAUUUAAAAUCAGUGUGUCUUGGAUUCCAGUCACUAGUACAUUACAAAUUGUUAAAGCAUCCUAGUUCAGUAAUCAAGCCUGCCAUAGUAAAUCAGGACUGUGUAGAGAACCAUUUCUGUCAAAUACGUUCUUGUAAUGGUCAAAAUGAUAACCCAACCUUCUUGGAGCAACAGUCUUCACAAAAUUCAAUUAGACUAGGUCAAACUACUAUUAGUCCUAAGAGUAAUGCCUCCUGUAGUAGUGCCUUUACAAGCCAGCGACCUUCAAUUCCAAGCUCACAUCAAAGUUUAUCAUGCAGUUAAAUACUUUGUAUUUUCAUCUUAUAAUAUUCACAUGCCACUUUUAUGGUUAAAAUAGGCAAGUAUGUGAACUUACUGUUUUCCUUGGAAGUCAAUGUUAGAGUUUGUAUGGGAAUGUAUGUGUUAUUGUAUGUAUAUCCAUACUUCUCAGUUGAUGAUCAUGAAAGAUAUUCAAAUAUGAAAUUACUGGGCUUAAAAAUAUGAAAUUCUUUGACUUUUAACACUGUAUUGUACUGUGUUACAGAACUGUUUCCUAUUUAAAUAGUAGGAAUGGUUUUAAAGUUUUUUGCACAAGCAUGAAUUGUACCCUUAAGUGUCCAUUCAAAAUAUAUAGCUUAUCUCUUUGAAAGAGUAUCCUGAUGUGUCCUUCAGACUCAGAGUUUCUCACUAUCCUAAACUGCCUGUCAUCAACUGGUAUUGUAUUUGGAAUAAAUGCAUGUUCUGGAAUAACAUUUAACAAAUCUUGUGCAAUAACUAACUUAGUCGAUCUUGAAGAAGUUCUGACACCAUAUGCCUGACACAAAGCAAUCAGUGGCGAUUUAAGGUAGACUCUACUCAGUGGGGCAGUGCCUUGAUGUUGGUGAAUGAAGCCAACCAAUCGGCUGUGGGAGGCCCUUUUGUUUUCACUCCUGUCUUUGAGGAUUUCCUGAUGUGGAAAAACAAUUAAAUGUACUGUACUUAUUUAAAUUUACUAUCAUGUUAAUUGUUAUCUAUUGAAACCUACAUGGAAUUUUAGCAAAUUAUGUGAAGUUAUAUCUACUAUUAUUAUUGCUGUAAUAUCUAUGCUGUAUACAUUACAUGUAAGGAAUAGACGCGUAAGGUACAGUAUAUAUACACGCCACUGUAUGUACAUAAGCGAGCCCUAUAUUCUAGUGUUUAGCUUAUCUUAUUAGCCAUUAUGCAUUCUAAAAGGACAAUAAAAUGCCAGCAA